UCACUAUGAUCUACAGAUUAGUCAGUAGAAAAUGUCCAACCCACUAACAGUAACCUUAUUUAGUUCCACUACAAUUUCACCACCAUCACCCUCUCAUUCACUCCCAUUUAUUUCAUCAUCCCCAUCAAAUCCCAUCUCUUCCAAUCUCUGUCUCUCUUCCACAAGGCUAAAGAGUUCAGUGUAUAGUGUGAGAAGUGUUGGUUAUAGCAGUGGAUUACAGAUGACUGAAGCUGUGGAACAAAGUAGUGGAUUAGAUGAGAUUAAUCGUAAUCUUUAUCCAGUUGUGGAGCCGUAUGAUAGUGGGUUUUUGAAGGUUUCGGAUCUUCAUAGUAUUUACUAUGAACAGUCUGGGAAUCCUAGUGGGCAUCCAGUAGUUUUUCUUCAUGGGGGGCCAGGAGGUGGAACUGUACCAAGCAAUCGUAGAUUUUUUGAUCCAGAAUUUUACCGAAUCAUUCUCUUUGAUCAGAGAGGAGCAGGAAAGAGUGUGCCUCAUGCUUGCUUAGUGGCGAACACCACAUGGGACCUCAUUGCUGAUAUUGAAAAGCUAAGAGAACACUUGCAAAUUCCAGAAUGGCAGGUAUUUGGUGGUUCGUGGGGAAGUACUCUGGCCAUUGCAUAUAGCCAGGCUCAUCCUGACAAGGUUACUGGCUUGGUCCUUAGAGGUAUAUUUCUUCUACGAAAGAAAGAGAUUGAUUGGUUUUAUGAGGGUGGUGCUGCCGCUAUCUAUCCAGAUGCUUGGGAGCCCUUUAGAGAUCUUAUUCCAGAAAAUGAAAGAGGAUGUUUAGUCGAGGCUUACCAUAAGAGGUUGAACUCUGAUGAUUUGGAAACACAAUAUGCAGCUGCAAGAGCAUGGACCAAAUGGGAAAUGAUGACUGCUCAUCUCCUGCCAAAUGAAGAGACCAGCAAAAGAGGGGAUGAUGAUCAUUUUUCACUGGCAUUUGCACGGAUCGAAAAUCAUUACUUUGUGAACAAGGGGUUUUUCUCAUCAGACUCUUUCCUAUUGGAUAAUAUUGAUAAAAUAAAGCAUAUACAUGCUACUAUUGUACAGGGAAGAUAUGAUGUUUGUUGUCCGAUGAUAUCUGCUUGGGAUCUUCACAAGGCUUGGCCAGAGGCAGAUUUUAAGGUUGUUGUCGAUGCAGGACAUUCUGCUAAUGAACCAGGCAUAGCUGCUGAACUAGUAGCAGCAAAUAAGAGGCUAAAAAACAUCAUCAAGAACGGAUCCUGAGCACAAGAAGGUAAACCAAGUGAUUCCAAUCGAAUUCUGCAACACAUUAUCAAGUGCCGCUUAAUUUGCCAUCAAUAGAGAUGACACCAUAAGUUUGAAGUUGGAUUGAAAAUAAUAAGAAGACGCGUCGAAAUCUGCAUCGACGUGGUGUAUGCACCACCUGACGUGCUUGUUUACGGGUUUUAAAGAAACAUUUUCCUUUAUCAAUGCUUAAAUUUCUGCUUCUCAGAUUGGAUUUUACAUAUGUAAAAAUAAUGGAAAGAUUAGAAUGCAGUUUUGUGCCUUAUUUCA